AUGCCGCCAGAGUUAAACCCAAUCCCCCAGAAAGAAUAUGAUAAUAUGGACGAUUUGGACAGUAUCAUCUCGAGCUACGAGCCACUCGGGAACGUAGAUCACCGUGAUAACGUUAGCAAGACCAGUUUCGAUAUUGGUGGUCUCAAUCACAAACAAUCCCCAUCGCCAAAUCAAAAUGGUGGUCCUGAAAAAAGAGAGUUGUUAAGCCGCAAAUUGAGCCGAGUGUUGACCCAUUCUAGCCAUUUUGAAAAGGUUACAAAUAGCGAGGCACCCAGUGUUAAUGAUGCAAAUUCACCGUCUUUUAAGCAAAAGAUAAUGGACAAAUUUCUGAUCAAGAAGGGUGGAAAGAAAGCAUGA